AUGUCCACCGCAAGUAAACAACUCAUCCUCGUCAUUGGCGCGACAGGCGCACAGGGCCAGGCCGUCAUCCACGCUCUUCUCUCGCCUUCGGAGUCGGGCACCCCUUCUCCCUACGCGGUCCGCGCCUUAACUCGUGAUCCGACAAGUAAACAAGCCCUCGCACUGUCGGCGCGGGGCGUCGAAUGCGUUACUGGGUCUUUCCAGGACAUUGCAUCGGUCGCGCGGGCAAUGGAUGGCAUCUACGGCGUAUAUGUCAACACCGAUGGCUUCACCGUUGGAGAAAUAGAGGAAAUAUAUGCGGGCAUUCGGAUUUUCGAGACAGCCAAACGUGUCCCAACCCUGCGGCACUACGUCUAUAGUGGGCUUAUCUACGCGCUGAAAGCUAUGGAUUUUGACCCGGACUACAAAGUCGAUCAUCUUGACGGCAAAGGGCGGGUUUCGGAGUAUCUGCGCUCCCAGCCGUCCGUUGUGUCCGAUACGGCGCUGUCUUGGAGUAUAAUCAACACUGGCCCCUACAUGGAGCUGCUCUACGCGGGACUAUUUGACCCCAUAAAAGUGCGACCGGACGGAACCGUGGUCUUCGCAUCCCCUGUUGGCGACGGUGCGGUACCGAUGAUCGCGCUCAAAGACCUCGGAUGGUGGGCCCGCUACAUCUUCGACCAUCGCGCAGACACAUCCGCGAAAGAGCUUGGUGUCACUUCUGAGCUCGUCACCUGGGACCACCUUACAUUCACGAAGGUCACGGGCAAGCCCGCUGUCUACCUCCGCCAAACGCUCGACGAGUACUGGGCCAACUUCGACGACAGAAUCAACAGCCCGUUAGCCAUGGCCAGCUCGGGUCCAGGCACCACUGCGAAGGCCAACUUCUCGGGUUUCUGGCGCGUGCUGCGGGACAAUGUGUGGAAGAAAGACGUCGAGUGGGUGAAGAGCGUGCAUCCAGAAACAUACUCGCUCGAGCGGUGGAUGCGGGAGAAUGGAUACGCAGGCAGGGCGACGCCCGUGAUGAAGAACAGUCAGGAGGGGAAACGCGGGUGGGGACUGAAUGAGGAUGUCGUCGACACGCUGUAG